GUUCCAUAUCAUUUUUCCACACUCAUUCUCAUAGAUCAAAGAUAGCUAGCUAGGUUCAAUACAAUUAUAUAGAGUAAUCUCAAGGGGGUUUAGUCCAGUUGGUUGAUCUGAAGAGUGUGUAAAUUGUUGUAAAUCUCCUGAUACCUGUCUUUGAUUCUUAUAUUUUAGGAAGAAAAAAAAAAAAAACUAGAGCAAUGGAUGUUUUAUCUUUAAGAUCAAGUUCAAGCCUAAGCAUGUCCAAGCCCUUUGAAUCUCAUGGCCUUCCACUCUCAAGUAAACAACAUCGAAGACCUUCUAGUGUGAAGUUUGGUAGUGUUUCAUGCAGAGCCACAACGUUAACCCAAGAAAACUUGUACAAAAUAUUAUCUGUGAGUCCAGGAAGUGCAACAAUGGAUGAGAUCAAGAGGGCUUAUAGGUCAAUGGCUCUUCAGUACCACCCUGAUGUGUGCCAUGAUCCUUCCAUGAAGGAGGAGUCAACGAGGAUGUUUGUUCAGCUAAAUGCAGCUUACGAGACCUUGUCCAAUCCAAGGCUUAGAGAACAGUAUGAUAGUGAAUUGGGUUUGAGAAGCGAAGUGAUGAGUGUUAGUAGUGAUCAUGAGAGGUGGAGAAGUGUGAGUGUUAGUAGUGAACAUGAGAGAUGGGAAAGUAGGUUUCAGGAGCAAGUGAUUGAGUUGAAGACAAGGUCUCGUAGACGUAUGGGACAAAAGGGUGGAUCAUCGGGUAGCAGAAUGAGGGCACCAAACAUGAGAGACAGGAAUUAAUUUUCUUUGAGUCAUGUAUUUUUGUUGAUAUAGAUUGAUUCUUUCAUGUAUUUAACUAUAUAAACUCUACAUAGCCAAUUCAGUUUUUCUACAAUUCUUUAUACUAUACAAAGCCAACCAUUUUUAUUUCA